AUGGGGGCUGCCUACCGCAUCACCAACAUCAAGAUUCGCGCCGGAGAGGUCAUCGACAGCAUCGUGAUCACCUUCACCCGUAAUGGUCUUCGGGACACCGAGAGCUUCGGUGGCACCGAGGGCAAACUCUACGAGUAUCUUGUGGGCGUCGACGGGUCUGUGGAUACGAUAUUGGGAAUCACUCUGGUGAGGAACCUGACGCUGAGGACCAACAAGAAAAGCUAUGGACCUUUCGGCACCAGUGGCGGAAAACCUUUCUCCGUUCCUGUAGUCUCGGGAAAGAUCAUUGGCUUCUUUGAAUGUGCGGGCACCAUGAGGUGGUCUGCAUGGUAG